AAGCAAAAACGGAAGUGUUCGUAAUUAGAGAGAUCUGGUGAUGAGUGUUGAGUGUUGACCCAAAACAACCACAACCACAACCACCAACACCUCACUUCUCCCCCGAAAACCAGAAAUAUAACAAACAGAAGAUUAUUAGUUUCUUAAACAGAAGAUCUCCCUUUCGCUAUGGACUCUUUGCUAGCUAGCUACGGCUCUUCAGAAGAAGAAGAAGAAUCAAAAUCAUCUCCUUUCCUUUCUCUCCCUAAACCUAAAUCUUCCUCUCUCUUUCUAUCCCUCCCCCAACCCAAAUCCAAAUCCCUAAACCCAAACCCAAACCCAAACCCAAAUCCAAAUCCCAACCAACACCAACAUCAACCCAAAAGGGUUGUCCAAUUCCGCCCUCCCAUAAAAUCAACCCACCACGAGGAUGAGGAAGACGAAGACGAAGACGAAGAAAAGGAAAGAAAUCGGCGAAAGGAAUCCGAGUCUUUGGCUGCCGCUGAAGCCCCGUCUGUGAAGUCGUUCUUGUCGAGCAUUCCGGCACCCAAGAACUCCAUCACUUUGGGCGUUCUUUCGAGCCGUCGAGCCACCAUUGAGGUCCCCCAACCCCCUGCCGAAUCCUGUUAUGCAACAAAUUACGAAUUGGGUAGUCAUCACAAUCACAAUCACAAUCUGAAUGUCAAUAUGGAUGAUCAAUCACAAUAUGUUAGUAGUGGUGGUGAGAAUUUAAGUUAUGAUGCUAUUUAUGGGAGUAAUUGGGGUGAUACUGUGUCGGGGAGCUCGACCUCACAAAGUGCGGUUACUGUGCUGGGGAAGAGAGGGAGAAAAGAGAUUCCUACAGAAGAAAUAGUUGAGAUCAAGCAGGAUGAGUUGAUGAAGAAUCGGCCGAGAGAGGAUCAGGUCAAGCUAACUGGAAUUGCUUUUGGGCCUUCUUACCAGCCUGUUUCGACCAAGGGGAAGCCUACGAAGCUGCACAAGAGGAAGCAUCAAAUUGGUUCUUUAUUUUAUGAUAUGAAGCAGAAGGAGAUGGAACUUACAGAGCGGCGUGCAAAAGGCUUCCUCACGAAAGCUGAAACGCAGGCCAAGUAUGGGUGGUGAUUUUGGGAUGAGUGUCUUGUUGUAUUUUAUCACUGUACUUCAGUAGAGCAGGAUGAUACAAAGGAUUCCUCUCAUCUUGUAGCUAUUGUUCCUUUUUAAUAAUUUAUUUCUUGAGAAUGUA